AGUCUCGGCUGAGUACUCACCCACAGGAAGAGAGAGAGCUUCAUCCAACCCAUCAUGGGGGACGCAAAGCUCUGCCUCGUGCUGCUCCUCAGCGCUGCUGCAUUGGCACAUGCUGAUGAUGAAGAAGGAGCAUCAUGCCUGAUGGCCCAGAGGUACAAGCCCUUCCACAAGUAUGAAUACCUGUAUGAAGCCGAGUCCCUGAACUUCCUCAAUGGAGCCGUCAAUGGACCCAAGGGCAGCUGCAAGGUGGAGAUUGAGGUCCCAGGCCCCUGCCACUACAUCGUCCGUACCACUGAGUGCACGCUCAGUGAAGUCGCGGACUUUGAUGAUGCAGGCAACCCAACCUUUGUCCCAGCAGCUACUGCUGAUGCAUUCAAGGCUGCUAUGGAGAAAAACCCCCUGAAAGUUGUUGUUGAAGGAGACAACAUCAUCAAGCUGUUCCCCGAGGAUGAUGAGCCCGUCAACAUCCUGAACAUCAAGAGGGGAAUGAUCUCCGGCUUUGCUGUGCCUGUCCUGGAGGAGGAGAGGAACAAGAGAAUGCCCACCAUCUUUGGGUUGUGUAAGACCGACUACACUGUGAAUGCCAGGGAGGACAUCGCCACAGAUGUCACCCUCACACGUGACCUGACCAGGUGCGAUCACUUCAGGCCAGUGAGUGACUACACAAGCCCUCUGGCCCUCAUCACUGGAUUGCACUACCCUCUUGCCCAGCUGAUCAGAAGCACCCAGACUUGCAACUACCAGUUUGACAAUGCUGAGCAUCACCCAACUGGAGGUGAAUGUAUUGAGAACCACAUCCUGCUGCCUUUCUCCCACAAGGGGAAAUCUGGAGUCACCAACGUGAGCAAGCAGAAGGCCACUCUUUUGGCAGUGACUGAGUACAACGAUAGAGUCUUUGACCCUAAACUUGAGAAUGAACAGACCCUGCACCCACAUGCCAGCAUUGACAAGAGCCCCAUUCAGGACAAAGACGCUGCUCUUGCCCUUCUGAGGGAACUGGCUGGUCUGUCCAAGACUGAUGAUGGUCACAAGAGAGCCCACCUGGCCAACAGAAUCGUCAGCAUGAUCCGCACAUUUUCUGCAGAGACCCUCCACGCUGGCGUGCCCGAGGCUCUGGAAAUCUCCCGCUCUUUGACCUACCAGGCUCUGUUCCAGUGCGGCACCCCAGAAUGCCACAGUGCCAUCAUGCAGAUCAUCAGGACCUUCGACAGCGGUGCUAUUGAGAUCGAUGCCACCGUCUACGCCAUGGGUCUGAUGCCAAACCCUACUCGCCAGCUCGUCAGUGACAUGCUGGAGAUGGCCAAGUUCAAGCAGAGCAAGCCCAUCUUCUAUGGUGCCAGCAAUGCUGUCAAGAAACUAUACCAGGCUGAAGGCAAAGUUACUCCCGAGAUUGAAGCUGUUGCUAACUUUGCAUUGGAGCAGAUUGGAGACUGUACUGGUGACCAGGACCACAUUUUCAUGUCCCUCAAGGUGAUUGGCAACAUGGCUGCUGCUAUGGGAGCUGCCAGCCCUGCCCUGAAAUCUGCUGUGAUCCAGUGUGUGAACCAGCCUGCCGCUACUCCAGAGGUUCAGCUCGCUGCCAUCCAGGCCUACAGACAGACCACUCUGCCUGAGGAGGGAAGAGAAGUGCUCAUGCAGGUCCUUUUGGACGGUGCUGCCCCACUGCAGAAGAGAGUUGCUGCCUACCUGAUCCUCAUGAAGGACCCUCAGCCCUCUGAACUGGCUCAGCUGGCUGCUGCUCUGCCAAUUGAAGAGAACCAGCAGGCCAAGAGCUUUGUCAUCUCUCAUGUGUCCAACAUCCUGAGCUCCACUGCACCCGAGACCCAGGAGCUGCGACAGAAGAUCCUUGAUGCCCUAGAGGGCAAUGAGAUUGGAACCGUCAUGGACCCUGUGAAGUUCUCCCGAAACUACAAGGUGGGAUCCCUGGAAGGAAACAUGAUCUUUGAGGGCUCCAGCUAUCUUCCUAAGGAGGUCAUGCUUGAAAUGACACUGAACGCCUUUGGCUACAACGUGGACAUGUUUGAGGUUGGUUUGGAUGGCAAGGGUUUUGAGCCAAGUGUGGAUGCCCUGUUUGGUCCCAGUGGAUUCUUCCCUGACACUGUGCUGAAGACCAUGUAUUAUGCUGCUGACAGGAUGCCAGAGGAGGUUAGAAAAGUGAUGAUGAACCUGCUCCCUGCACUGAGAAAUGACAGGAAGAAGAGACAGGUUUCCCAGAGCAUCAUUCAAGAACUGAGCCGCAAUAUCCAAAAACUGUUCAGAACCCUGAAGGGUCUUGAUGCCCCUGAUGCCAUGGUUUACCUGAGACUGCUGGGAAUGGAACUUGGCUACCUGAAGACCAAGGAUAUUGAAAACAUGGCCUACUCUGCUCUUCUGAUGGCUGACAACCUCGUGGGAAUGUUCCCUGCCGAAUUCAUCAACGGACUGCUGUCCAGCACUGACAAUGAGCUGUUUGCCCACUACAUCUUCAUGGACAAUGAGUUCUACCUGCCAACUGGCCCUGGCGUCCCCCUGAGGGUGGCCCUGUCUGGUACCUUCACCCCUGGAAUCAAGGGAGGAGUUCAGCUUUCUGCGGACAUGAGUGAGGUGGCUUUCAUGCCCUCUGCUGGCAUUGAGUUUGUGACUGAGGUUGGAGCCCACUUCCCCGACUUUGUUCAGUCUGGUCUGGAAAUGCACACCAGCAUCUACCAUGAGAGUGGCCUCAAGGCCAAGGUUUCUAUUGCUCCUAACAACAUCAAGCUUACCAUUCCUGCCCCACAGGGCCCAGCCAAGCUCAUUAGCCUCACCAAUUCUCUGGUGUCUGUGCAUGGUGCUGAGACGAAGGUCAUCCCAGCUGUAGGAGACCUGGUUGAUGUGUCAGAAUGCACUCCUUUCUUUGCUGGCAUGAAGUACUGCACGGCUCUUCACUAUUCCAACGCUAUGCAAAUGGAGGAUGCUCCCUACUUCCCUUUCACUGGUGACAGCAAGCUUGCAAUUGAGCUUCAUCCCACUGGUGAAGUCUCUGAGUACGUUGCCAACCUUGACCAUUCCUAUGAGGAUAAGACUGACAAAGUGACUUUGACUCUCAAGGCUGAAGGAACUGCAGCUUCUGAGGCCAUUGCAACUGUACAGUUCAACAGGCAGAAGUACACCAUUGAUGCUGAUCUCCAGAUCCCCGACUAUGACCUGGAGGUUGGCCUGAGGCUUGGCUCUGUUGACCCCGAAACCAAGGGCAAGGCCACACACUCUGUCCAGAUUGACUUCAUUCACAAUGGCCUUCCAGAGGCCUCAGUUAUUGCUUUGGGAAAAAUUGAGGCAAUGAAGGACGCAAACCUGGAACUUCAGUUUGUUAUGCCAGAAGUUACCCUCAAGACUGCAGCUCAUCUUCACAGAGACGAGGAGCUGAUGUUGGAGCUAAAGACUGAUCUCAAACUGCCUCAUGCAAGCUCUGAACAAGCAAUUGUAUUUAAAUAUGAUAAUGAGAAACUGGAGGCUGAAGUGAAAUCUGAUGUCAGCGCUGAAACCACUAGUAUGCUUUUCAUCCCAGAUGUUGCUACACUAAACCAAGUACUUACUAAGUUUACUGAGGGAGCAAACCCCUUGAUUGAGAAGUACUUUGCUGGCAUUUCACUGCCUGCAUUCCCUGAGCUGUCUGUUCCUGAGAAAAUCUAUUACAAGACUGAGGCUGAUGCCAAGUACUACUUUGGCCAGCACCACUACACCUUGAGCCUUCCUCUGCCCCUUGGUGGAAAAUCCUCUGGAGACUUGAACUUCCCUGCUGCCCUUACUACCCCUUACCUGAACGUGCCCCAGCUUGGCCUGGAGGUGGAAUCCAUCGACAUCCCCCUCCCUGAGAUGUUUGUUCCAGAGCAUGUGUCUGUGUCUCUGCCCGUCUUUGGAAAGACAGAGGUGUCUGCUAAAGUGGAGACGAACUUUUACAACCUGGGGGCUGAUGUUUCUGUUGGAAGAGAUGCAGUCGACCACCCCAGCUAUUCUGCUAAAGUUGAAAUAACUGGAACUAGUCCUGUUGAAAUUCUCUCGUUGAAGAUUGAUGGAUCUGCAUUACUUGCUGCAACUCCUGGUGACUCCUUUAAGGCUGAACUGAAGACACAUGUGAACAACAAGUUUGUUGAUGCUAGCAUCUCUGUUGAGGAGGUAGCAACCAUUGGUGACAAUUUCAAUCUGAAGUCCAACAGCAAGAUUGAGGCAAGCAGUCCACUUGGCGUGCAGAUGUCUCUGGAGUACAAUGGUGAUGCCGGUGUUAGCACAGAGGGAAUUUCUGGAAAUGGAAACCUGCAGGCUUCCCUCAAGGCUGGUCCUGCUGAUGGCACUGCCACCAUUUCCCAGACAGUUGAAGUUUUCCCAUUCAAGCCUGAGGCCAAGAUCGACUCCUCUCUUAAAUUGGAUUGCAGCCUUCUGAAAGCCCAGAACACGUUUUCUGCUGCCUUUGCCAAUGGUGAGCUCACUGCUACGUCCAAUACUGCAGCACUUGGUGACACCUUGGUGCAUCUGGCUGAAGUCACCUUCAAGGAUUCCAAGCUGAGUAUGAAGUCUGAUGCCAAGGCAGAAACGAGCAACCUGAAGAUUCAGAAUGUGGCCGAAGCUUCCGCUGGAGAGGGAGCAGUUGUCCUCAAGAUGGAGACCAGUGCUGAUCAUGCAGAAGACAAAAUCCAUUCUCUUGUGUCUGCUACCUUAGAUGUCAAUGGACUGGCUGUGAACAGCGAUGCUGACGUCAAGCUAGCCCAGAGCACUGCAACUCACAAAGCAUCCUUGAUGCUGAACAAGGACGGUCUGGCCACCAAUGGAGCCACAUCCCUGCAGAGCCCCCUGAAGCUGGAAAACACAUUCAGUGCCACCCUGGAUGCAACUAAGGCUGCUAUUACCAUUGACCUCAAGGGAGACAUGGCUGACAUGAAGACUGCUCAUUCUUUGUCUGUGAGUGGAACACCCUCUUCCAUUGCUGGCAGCAUCAAUGGUGAAUUGUUCAUUGUGGAGGGAACUGCCUACACUCAUUCUGUUGUGCUGGAUGUGCAUGACUUCACUGCAUCUUUGAACAUCAAGAAUGAUCUUAAAGUUCUGCAUGCCAAUCUAGUGAACCAAGCUGAGCUGAAGGUGGUGCCAUACAAUGCUGAUCUGACGGGAAGUUUACAGGCAGUCUAUGGUGAAGAGGAGCUGAAACACACUUAUGAAAUCAAGUAUGCUGACCUUGUUGCCAAUGCCAAGUGCAGCACAAGUGGUAAACUACUGGGCUCUAUUCUUAGCCAGAACACUGAAGUCGAGGUUGCUGGACUCACAGUGAAAAUCAACAAUGACGCCCGCUUCAACUCACAACCUCUUCGCUUUGACACCACCACCCGUGCAACUGCUGUUCCUUUCACAUUCAGCAUCGACUCCAUUGCCAAUGCAGAUGGUGACCUGAUGCUGUAUGGUAAGCAUAGUGCUCAACUCUACAGCAAGUUUCUAAUGAAGGCUGAGCCACUAGCCUUCGCACACUCUCAUGAGUGCAGGCUCUCAACCACCCAAGCCCUUGACAAUGGCCUGACGGUUGAAACUGGUCUUGACAGCAAGAUUGACACUCUUCUGACACCCUCUGACCAAAAGGCGACUGUUAUUGUGAAAUCCAAGUUGAAUGAUCAUGCUGUCAAUGAGGACAUCAGCAUCUACAACACAGCAGAGAAGCUUGGACUGGAGAUGUCAGGAAGCAUCAUGACAAAUAUUCUCAACACAGUUGACAGUGAGAUCCAAGAGUUUGGAGUGUCCGGCUAUGUGAAAUAUGACAAAAACAAUGACAUUCAAAUCAUUUAUUUGCCUUUCUCUGAGAACCUAUUGCUUCUUGCCAAUGAAUUGGAAUCUAUUGUGAUUGGAGCACUUGAAGCACUGCAGGAAUUUAUUAGAGAAGGAGAUCUCAUCAGCAAAUUGGAAAGCCUUCCUCAGCACAUCAGUGACCUCGUGAAGGACCUCAACAUUGAAGAGAGAGUAACUGAAUUUAAGCAGCAAUUACUUUCUGUCACGCUGAGCUCUGAAGAACUGGAGGCUUACUUUGUGAACCUGAGGGCGGUCACUGACAGACUUCUGAAUGAUGUGCUUGCACUUGUCAACAUUAAUGAGUAUAUUGAUACAGUCAAAUCUCUUGCCACAGAAGUGGACCUUCUUGAAAAGAUCCAUGCCCUGAUGGCCAAUGUGAAGGCUGUACUUGUUAAAUAUGAAUUUGACAAGAAAGUAGAAGCAAUUCUGGAUAAGGUUAUUGAGCUCAUUCAGAAAUUUAAAAUCGAUGAGACUGUCCAGGUCAUUGCCGACAAUCUGAAGGCAAUCCAUGUCCCUGUAUCAGAGAUGCUUGAAAACAUUGCAGGCUACCUGAAGCAAACAGAGAUCGAACUGUCAAUUGAACAUUUGAAUGAACACCUUGAUGCUUUUGUGCAGAGCCUGAAGACAUUUGACUACAAUGCCUUUGUAGAUGAGGCCAAUGAUAAGAUUGCUACUUACACUGGUGAAUUGAAUACACUUAUUACCGCUCUUGAGAUUCCACAGAAGGUUGAGGCAGCCAGAGAAUUCAUCAACUAUGCCCUGUCAACACUGAGUGGUCUGUUGGAAGAGCUUAGGGGCAUCAAGGUAGCUGAUGCACUGAAAAAUCUAAAGGACAUCAUCGACACUGUGGCCCUUAAUGACGUUAAAGCACUGCUGGCUAAACUCCCAGAAGUUGACCUCCAAGGAGGUCUCCAGCAUUACCUGGAAGUACUUAGCAAUGCAUACAACAAAAUCAUUGACAAUAUCAUCCAAACCUUUGCUGGAAUAGUUGAUGUAGUCCAGAAUAUUUUUGCUGAUCAAGCAAUUGUGGAUGAGCUCAAGCAGAUCGUUGAAGGAGUUGCCACUGGACUGAAAACAGCCGAGUUGGAAUUCCCAUCAAUCCAUGUCCCACUUACAGACCUGAACCUGCCUGCCUUCAAAGUCAGCCUUGCCAGCCUCCAGGACAGUCUCCCAACCCAGAUUGAUCUACCUGAGUUCACCAUUCUGGGCUUCCAUACUGUUCCCGCUAUGACUAUUACCUACGAUGACAUCAAGCAGAAGGUUUCACAGCUCAUUGACUUUAUUGUAAACUUUGACUUUACUUCUCUGGAUGUGGAUGCCUUCUUUGGUGAACUCACAAUGAAUUACCUUCCCGAUCUGUCAGCUAUUUCACUGCCCGAGAUCACACUUCCAGAAAUCUCAGUACCUGCCAUCCCCAAGUUCGGUGCAGAAAACCUCAUUGACAUGCCUCUUCAGCUGCCCGAGUUCAAACUGCCACAUAUUCAUCCCUAUGUGAUCUUGCCAUCAUUUGGAAAGCUUUAUGGUGAAGUCAAAGUCAACACUCCCAUGUACAACAUGAGAACCACUGCAGAAUUCCAGAACUCCACUGAUAGUGAGACCACCCCUCAGUUUACUGCAUUCCUGAAUUCCAAGGGAUCAUCCCCUGCCACUGACAGUCUGGAUUACAACCUCGAUUGCACUGCCCGUGUGGCGUUGCCCAAAAGAAGUCGUGUCAUCAUUGCAGAGACCUUGAAGUUCACGCAACAAAACAAUUUGGUUGUUGAACACCAAGCCUCAGUGACCCUUUAUGGGCUUUCUGCACAGGCCUCUGCCAAGACCCUUAUGAAAGCUGACACAUCCCCAUACUCUGCCAACCUUGUCAACAAUGCUUUCUUUGCCAUGGAGGGUGGCAUGACCACUUCUAUCGACACAUCAUACGACCACAAAAUCAACUUCCCCAUUACCACCUUCAGCAAUGACUUGAAAUUAACACAGAAGACUGUUGCCCGCCAAGAUGGUGCCUCUUUCACAAUCUCCCUUAAAAAUGAAGGAUCAACCAAGGCUGCUAUUGCUGACCUUUCUGAUGAAGCAACCCACAAAAGUGACAUUGAUUUCACAAUGAACCUUCGCACCGCAAGACUGACCAUCAAUUCUGAUGUGGACAGUUCAUCUCUUAAAGUAAAAGAAAGCUUGACUGCUGAUGCAGUUGUUUUCAGUCAUCUUAACUUUGAUUACCGUGGAGAGGCUGAGGGUCCAUUCAUCAAGAGCUGUCUGGUAACUUUGUCCGGAAAAGCUCACCUGGGAGACUUGAAAGUUGAAAUCAAGGGCAACCAUGACACCGAGCUUGCUGGUGCUCUCAGUGGGACCCUGUCCAACUCCAUCCACGCCAUGGUUAAACCAAUUGAGAUCGUGCUGGACUUCCAGAACAAGGGCAAUGCCAAGGUCAGCUUGGAGGAUGGAAUUGCAGCCAAACUUAACCUCCAGAAUGACUACUUGGUCACUGUGAAUUCUGAUGCACAGCACAUCAACACCAUGGCUCUUGUCAAGUUAAAUCAGUACAAGCUUGGCUACAAUGUCACAGUUGACAACAAUCAGGCGGAAACAGGCAUCUAUGCUGCUGCAGAUGGUGAAGUCAACCUUGACUUCCUGAUGACACCCAUUAGCAUUCCUGAGUUUGAGGUGCCAAUCAUCGAUUUCAAGACCCCAGCUAUCAACGACAUCAAUUUGUAUGAGCACACUGGCCUGCAGCAACUGUUGACCUCAACUGACCAGACACUUGAUGUAGACACCAAACUUGUGUACAAGAAGAGCAGAUUUGCUCCCCUUCUGGAUCUGGGCCUGAUUCACAUUCCAGCCAUUGGCAAUCUGGUCUCUGAGGUCUCUAUCAAGUCCUCCAUUGUCAACCUGAAUGCCAAUGCUGAAAUCUCUGCUGAGGAUGAUGUGGCAAUUCACAUUGGUGCCGUUUCUGAUUCUGUUUUCGAAAGUCUGAAGGCCAAGAUUGAGGGUAACAGCAGGCUUUCCACCAAAAGAGGCCUAAAGCUGGCCACAGUUCUUACUCUGGAGAAUGCCCAUUUCGAGGGCAAUCAUGAAAACACUUUAACCUCAGACUCUACUACCUUCGCCUCUGCAACAUCGGCAAAGGUGAAUCUGCCUAUCCUCACGGCUGAUGCCACCUAUCAAGUAAACGUAGAGCCAUUGGCUGUCUUGUUUGUGGACAAUAAUUUCAAAAUGGCAUACACCCUGAAUCUCCCAGUCAUCAAUGUGGCUGGUUCCGGAGAUGUUGAGAUUAUUUCCAAAUUUAAAUCUGAGAAUGGUGUGUCUGUAGAGUCAUCAGUUAAGGAAAACUUUGAUGGCACCAUCCUGGGCACUGGCAUUGCAAAGUCUUCCCUGAGUGAUGAGGCCACCCUUCAACUCUACCCUCUUCUGUCAACUCGAAAGGCCGUUGGCAGUGCACUGGUCAGCUAUGGAGAUCUUAAGAUUGAAAUGGACUGUGAUGUUAAUGGAGACCUAAACAUUCAGCCACUUGAAAAUGUGCAUGUCAGCAUGAGCAUUGCUGUCAACAAUGACGUAAAUGUGGCCACUUUGAAUUCCAAGGGAAAACACAUUGCCAAACUCCUCUGUGAUGUUACACCAAAGUCUUUGAAUAGUGAAGUAGAAGUUGACCUUGCACAACCAAGUACCCUGGGUGAUCUCAGCUACUUUGAAAAAUACUCUAUUGAUAUGAAUGAUGAGAAACAGAAGGGAUUAUAUAAUCUGAAGAUGGUCACACCUGUGUACAGCACAACAGUUGACACCGAGAUGGAGGUUUCUUUCCCAGCAUUCCAAGGAUCUUUUAAAGCCUCUGCCGAGUCUCCAGCUGUCAUCCUGGCCUACGAUCUGACUGGCUCCUUUUCACUGUCCACUGAAGAUGACGCCAUUAGUCACACUGUCAAGGCUGUUCUGACCCAUGCCGACCUUACCAUGGAUGCUACACAUUCUGUUCAACUCCUGACUGAAGGUCCUUCCCAUACUCUUACUGUGGACAUCACAAGCCCCACCUUCACUGAUGCGAACAUCCGUUACGCUGCUAAACUGGGCAGUGCCUCUGCAUCCAUUUCCAACCCAUCCACUGGCUUCCUGGGACUUCAGCUUGAGGGGAAAGACUCAAUGAGUGCAAGGCUGUUCUGCCGCUUUGCUUCAGAACCUGAGACUGAUGUGGACAUCCUGGUCUUCAAAGCAGCCCUGACCGACAAUGAGAUGUUGCAUUUGCAAGCUUCUGCCAAUGUGGACGCACCUGCUGUAAUCCUUUCUGGCCUGGAGGAAAGAGUUCCCGCUAUCAGCUCCUCACUGCAAAGCUUUGCUGAGAAGUACACUGGCAUCAGCACUUUGAAGGACACACUGGUGAACAUGGUCAAUGAGGCUUACACCGCUGCCAUGAGCCAUGCCCCCGACAUGAGCCAGCUGUCCAUCCUCUUUAGGAACGUUGUUGUUCAAUACCAGAAGACUGUGCAGGCUGUCCUUGAAGCAGCGGUCAAGUUACUGAGGGAAACACAGAUUGAGCUUCCAGGAAUGGAGAAGGCUACUGUGCCCGAAAUCAUGCAAAAGAUCACAACCAACAUUGGUUCAGUCCUGGAGCAGCUUCUGCAGGCUAUUACUGAAAACCUGUCUGCCUACCUCACACCAGUACUUGACACAGUGAGCUCCAUUCAGGUGACAAUGCCCUCCGGUGAGGUCCUGACUGGAAGCCAGAUCAUUGACCAGCUGAAGGGUCUCCUGACCAGUGUGGUGGACAUGGUGAAGAACAUGGAGAGCAUUGAUGUAAUUUUCGAAAAGCUUGCGGAGGCUCUGCAAGAGGCAGUGAACACAGCUCAAGGAUUCGUUGACAGUCUGAGCUCUGAAAUUCUGGAUAGUUUACUAGUGUUCGUUAAUGGUCUCUAUAAUAACCUUGUUACAUUGGCCAAGAAUGUGGCAGAGCAAAUUGACAAUGUGCUGAAUGCACAGGACAUUGACAAUACAAUCAAGUUUGCUCUGGAGUCUGUAAAAUCUUAUGUGACUGAAAUUAUCAAUUUUGUUGCUCAAUUUUUGCCAGAGACUGGACUUGUAAAAUUAAGUAAUGGAAGACUGGAUGUGGAACUAGACAUUCCCACCCACCAGUAAUAUAUUUGCAAGAUAUGCAUGUUUUGCCUGUUAAACACUACCUUAUGUUUUAGAGAAACAUUUUGAAAAAGCAAUGGAUGUGUAAGUCAUCUGGCAUUUAUUUAAAUAGUCCAAACAAAUUUGUAAAAAUGCAUUGUUUUUUUGUGAAAGACGACUAAUAUACCAACUCAGCAAUUUAGCUUUGGAAAUGCAUUGUUGAAUUUAUCUGCCUUAAUACAUUACAUGUAUUCAGUGCAUUGAGUGAGAGUAAAUAAAGAUCCUUUGUACUGCAA